CCUCUUUCUUCCUCUUUCUUUCUCUACCGAGACGACACUGAACCUCCUUAAGCUGCUGACUGCGAGGAGCACAUUGAUGCCACCGUCAUUACUAAUAUAUAUAUACAUAUAUUUUUAUAUAUCUACACACACACAGCCCUUGGUGUAUCUAGUGAAAUCUAUUUAUCUAUCCAUCCAUCUGUCUAUCCAUUUCUCUCUCUCGUACUCUGACAUUAGCCGCCUCUAUUACAACAAUGAGGAAGAACGGGAACGAGCCAAAUCUGAGCAGCCAUCGGCAACGGCAGCAGAAAGUUGAACGGAUGUCUUAAGAACUUCUUAAUCAACGUGGAAAUAAAAUACACACAACAAUUUUUUUCUCCCCCCCAGAAGCAGCAGAAAUCGGGCCGAAAAAGCACCAAUCCCCUGCCCCCAUCAGCCACCAAAAUCCACAGUCCCAUAUCCGCCAGUGCCCUCUCUCUAUGUCUUGGCUGUCUUCUGUCCUGUCUCCAGACACUAAUUGAGCAUCUGUUUCUGUGGAUCUUCACCACAACUUCGUUGCUUGUCACUAGCAACAGAGAUCGACAUCGAGGAAAGCUGUUUUUGCUGUUUCAUAAACACAGAUCGACCGGUGGAUUCAUUCUUUCUUUUUUAAUUUUUUUAAAAACCAGAGUCAACAGAAGACAUUGUCUGGUUGACCACAACUCUCUACCUAUGGACUUUGUAGACUCCCUGGAAUCGACGUCUCACUGUCCUGACACACUUCAUGGAAGAUAAAACAUUUGGAAUCCACAGUGGACCUGUCAGAAAUUAUACCUUCACCUCUUCUUCAUCCUCACCUCGUAAUGACACCUUGAAGAAAUACUAACCAUCUCUUGCUUUUAUUAUCAUUGUUGGGGUUGUUGUUCCUGUCAUAUCCUGUUGACAGUUCUUCGGUUUCUCUGUGCAACGGUAGACCCUGUUGCCAUGAAGGAAAAAUAGACAAUCGAGAAAAUAGCAUCAAAAACAACACUUUGGUGCGGCUGCUGUUUAUAUAAACAUAUUUACUGCAAGACUAUCUUCCUACCUUUAUCUCUCUGUAUGUCGGCAUGUGUUGAAGCGGAUUUAUUGUAUACAAGCAGAGCAAAUAAAAUUGCAGUGGCUUGGCCCUUAAAUGAGUGCACAGAGAAGAAGGAAAUAAGAAAAUAACUCUAAUUAAGACAACAACAACAACAACAACAAUAAUUAUUACAUAUCAAAUGCCAGACAACAAUACAUAUACAACAAUACCAGUAUUUAGUUAUAUUUAUAUAUAUUUAUGAGUAGUUUGAUAUAAAAUGCCACACAAUUCAGAAGAAGCAGUGAUGUACACAGCACAUCAGAAUGGUCACCCUGAAGAGGAGGCACCAGUGCUAUUACAGCCACCAAAGCAGAUCAUCGAGAUGGGCGACAGCAGCGCCAACAAGAAGCCCUACCGAUGUGAAGUGUGUCGCAAAGGUUUCACAUUGCGAGCAUAUCUGACUCGGCACCAGCAGGCUCCCGAAGCCGAGAAGCACUUCUACUGCCAGGAAUGCGGCAAAGCGUUUGCACAGCGCGACAAACUGAAGAACCACGAACGCACGCACACUGGCGAAAGGCCGUACGGUUGUUCGUUUUGCGAGAAAUCGUUCUCGCAGAGGGACCGUUUGAAGAAUCAUGAGAGGGUACACCACAACGACACCUUUGAGUCUGGCGAAGGGGAAGACGACGAUGACGACACCGACAAGAACUACAGAGUGGGUGGAAGUAACAGCACUGGCAAGCGGCGCAACUCUCGUUCUCGACGUUCUGCAUUUAUGGUGCGAGAGAAACUGUAUUUGUGUGGAGUUUGUCAGAAGACCUUCUCACGUAAGGAUCAUCUGAAUAAACACCAACGGACCCAUACAGGGGAGAGGCCGUUUCAGUGCGGCGUUUGUAGCAAGGCGUUCUCCAGGAAGGACCACUUGAAGAAGCACCAGCGCACACACAGCGGGGAGAAACCGUUCCAGUGCACCACGUGUUCAAAGGCGUACUCACGUAAGGACCACCUUACCAAGCACGAGCGUACUCACAUUGCGGGUGCCCCAGCUGGGGCUGCCGUUGCGUGUGUAGGCGUGGCUGACAACAGCAGCUGUGGUGUUGACAACCACGGAUGCAACACGGAGAAUCACAACUGCAGCACUGACAACCACAGCUGCAACGCCGAGAGCCAUAACUGCAACAACAACGGCGCACCAAAUGCAGGGUGCAACCACCACAACCAAACCAAGCUGCCCCACCACCAUCACCACCACCAUCAUCACCACCAUCCCCACCUUCAUCAGCACCCCCAUCCACACCAUCAUCACCAUCACCACCACCAUCCUCACCAUCCUCACCCACAUCCGCACCACCAUCACCACCACCACCACCAUGUCCGCAGAGACAGCAACCAGGAAUGUCUGCCCGAGGUGAAGGUCGAGUACAGCAGCCAGGGGGAGGAGGAGGAGUCGGCAGACGUCAAGAUGUCCCCGGAGGAGUUGCAGCGUGUCGCCAGUGUAAAGAUGCAUGCUGUCGAUGCACCGACGUCACCGUCGUCGACGUCGUCUUCAUCGCAGUCUCCACACCGAUCACGGGAACAACAACAGCAGCAGCAACAGCAACAGCAGCAACAGCAGCAGCAACAGCAGCAGAAGUUGUUGAAACAGGAGGAACAGCAGAUGAUGCAAGAGCAGCAGCAGCAACAACAUCAGCAGCAGCAGCAUCAACAACAGCAGCAGCAGCAACAGAUGAUGCAACAGCAACACAUGCUCCAGCAGCAGCAGCAAGACCAACAGCAGCAAAUUAUGCACCCCCAGGACCAACAGCAACAGAUCAUGCAUGCACAAGAACAACAGCAACAGAUCAUGCACCCACAGGACCAACAGCAGCAGCAGCAGCAGCAACAACAGCAGAUGAUGCAUUCGCAAGAUCAGCAGCAACAGAUUAUGCAUCAAGAACAACCACAGCAGCAGAUGAUGCAACAGCAGGAACCACAGGCUUCGCCCAUCAUGUCAAGCUCACCACUGCAGCAACCAAGUCCACAGCAACACCACCACCAUCACCAUCAACAGCAGCAACAACAUCAACAAGUGCCGCCAAAUGUGCACCAGGUGAUUUCUCAGCCAGUGGUGACUGCACUGAGGCAGCCCCUAAUGGCACAAACAAUCCCCUCGACAUUUGUCAGCCCAGCUUCCAUGCCGACGGAUUAUUCACAUCAAAUGGUGCUGCAGCAGCCGGCUGUGAUGACCAAUGCCAACCACUUCACCUGGCCGGCCAGCUUUCAAAUUGCAGGCUGGACUGCAGGUUGGGCCAACGCACAGGGCUAUGCAGUCGACCAACCAAAGAUGGAGACACAAGAAGCUACACACAACAUACAAUCUAUGAUGCAGUAAGAUGCAUCGUUGUUCCAACCUCUAUUACAGACUGCUGUGGCACCCAAUAGCUGCAGUGCACACAACAUGCAACCCAAAUCUGCACCUCUGUAGUUGCAUUAUGAGGAAACCCCACACACUUUAUACCGUUGCAGCAGUUGUCACAUGGUGCAACGAACUGAACACUAUGUUGCAUACUGUUGAGAUACACUGCACACCAUAUACUACAUCCUAAACUGUGCUGCAGUAGUGACAUAGUGCAACAUAUCACACAUGCUAUACUGUUGCAGUGGCUAGCUGUGGGACACCACACUUAUGAACAUUAUAUAUAUAUAUAUAUAUGUACAUAUAUAUACUACCACAGUAGCUACAUCAUGAACUACUUGACAAGUGUACAUUGGCAGAGUAGCAACACUACAACACAUACUACUACAGCAGCUACACUAUACACCAUACUGCUACAGUGGCCACAGUGUGCUACAACACACCGCUACAGUAACCAACGCUGCUACAAUAGCGACACACACUACUGCAGUAACCAUACUAUAACCUACACUCCCAGCCAUAAUCACACAACAUUAUGAUACACAUCACUACAUUAACCACACCACAUGGCUACAUUAACCACACUCUACUGCUGCGGUAAUCCCAUGGUUCAAGAGAGAAACUAUUGUUGCAGCAAACAGUUUUAUGUUGGACACUAUAGUGUCAGUACAGUCCAGUACCAUACAUUACUGCUAUAUUCUACAGACUGUACUCCACAACUCUACUAUAACUUCACUCUACAGCACUACUACUUCCAUACUGUACAGUACUAUAACCUCUGUACCAUACCGACUACUACUACUACUACUACACUAGUCUAUUUACUCUACUGACUAAUUUGAACUGAUGUUUGUGUCACUGGCCAGGCUGUGUCGAUUACAAUGUUUGUCCAGGGUUCUGAAUGUCGACGUUAAAAACAUUGAACAAUUAAACAUAGCAAUUAAUUUGUCAUCUAAUUAAAACGAUGUGGAUAAGCUGAUUAACGACGUCCUCCCUUUCCCAGCCCCUACCUGAUGUCUAAUGCGAACCAGAGUCAGGGAAAACUGACUUUGAAUGACGGGAGUGGAAAGAAGUCCCUUUCCUGCUAGACUUUACACAAGAUUCAUGUGGCAUGUCAACCCUUUUAAGGGUCCAACUACAGUAAAACAAAGGGAAAUAAAAGCUUGGAAUAUCUUGGUGGGGACAGAAGUCACUGUCAGGGUCUUAUGGAUUUGUGUGAUGUGUUAACCCUUCUCAAGGACCAGUACACACUGAUGUCCUGUUUCUUGUGAUUCUCUGACCAUAUAUUUUUUAAUCUGAUCCUUGAAACUAACUUCUUGUAACUCCCUUAUAGCUUCCUCUGGGUCUCCUACGUCUUGCUGAGGGUAUGUAUUAAGACUGUGGUUUUUUUUUUUGUAAGCUGUGAUUUCCCAACAAUAAUGAUGUUUAAUACCAUUGUCUGCGUGUGACCCCUUCAACUCGAGCAAACUUAUGCCCAUCAGUGGCACUGAGUGAUCAUUUGACUUGCUAGAAACAGCAGUCAAAUGUCAUUCAUGACACUCUUCUGUCUUUAAAAAGGAAAGAGACAUAGGAUGGUCAUGGCCUCAAUGAAUAGUUUGGAACCAUAAUGGUUAUUAGCUUUACAGGCAAUGAGCUUCUGUGUUGGUGCCAUUCUACCAAAUUCCUCAAUCAUUAGAUUGAUUAUAGGUCCACUGGAUCAUGGCUAACCUUGCAUUAAACAACAACGACCUCUCAGACAAACAGUUGUCUUAUUUCUCCACCCAGUUCUAGUACCCUGUUCACGUUUUGCACCCUCACUGACUCCUUUUAUCUGUGUCCCAAUGUAAAAGUGAGGUAGCUUAGUGGUUAGGGUAAUAAGUUACCAAUACAGGGAGGUACUGAGUUCAGUCUGUUGUGUUUCUGGACAGAACACAUUACCACAGUUUGUCUUGCUGUCAGGAGCUGAGCUAAUAUAGAUUAAAUGCUUUGAGCAGAAAUGCAACAGAGUAGAUGAGAGAUAAAUCUCUUCCUGGAUAAGACACCAGCCUCUCACAGGUAAUAUUCCCAGCAGAUCUGGUAUUUAUCUCCAUCACCUCAGUUAUGCCUGGUGAGUGGCUAAAUAGGUAUCAAUCACCUCCCUCCUGAAAUACUGUCCCUUAAUGGCCCUUCAAGAUUUGAGAAUUAUCUCCAUUUCCCAUGUUGAUGCUGGAAUCUUCAUUGUUGUUAUGGCUACCUCAAAAGACAGAAAUCCAGUGUUUCUGUAAUGGUUUCUUUUUGUGUUGAUUUGGGGUUUAAAACUUCUGGAGAGUACUUGGCCCUGGGGACAGUCCUCCCUCGAGGAAAAAUUUUGUUGAGAGCAAAUUUCCAUUCCAUUCAGAAUUGGGUUGCAUGUUGGAAACACUUCUCCAUUGAAAAUGGAGGGUCCUUGGGACAUCCGUCUAUGUUUGGAGUCACUGCAUCUGGGUUUAGUUGAAGAUUUAUGUAUUUAAAGGGGUCGAUUAAAGCCACAAACAGUAAAUGAGAUUUGUGGGGGCCUACUGUGCAGUGGUUGAGUGGAUUAAACAAGGGCAUCGUUCACAAGGUUGUGCCCUUAAACAAGACACUCAACUCCUGUUGUACAGUUCACCAAAACAACAAUUUUAUCUGGAGAAAUUAUCCAGUGAUUAAACUAGAAUCUUCUACAGUUUGUGAAUGUGUGUCUAAAACAUCUGCUAAUUAACUGGACCAUCGUUAUGUAUCGGCCCUUUAAUUAAUUGUGGAUUGUGAAGGGGUUAAGUUUAAUAUCUCUGCUAUUUAAUCUUCUUUAAAUCUCUCAUUUUCUCAUAUAUUCUGGCCCCUUCAUCAUCUGUUCAAAUCCCUAAAGCUAGCAUGCCUCUCCCAGUCUUCAGAGAUCCUUUUUCUUUUUUUUUUUUCUUAAUUUCUUUUUCAACACAGAUAUUUUUCUUGAAACACUUUAUUAAUUAUGUGUGUUAAUUAUUUCAUUAGUACUCGUUAUCGCCACCACCGUCACCACCACAUCACUGUCACGACAUUAUUUCACAAAACACGUCUCCAAAAGCAUGAAGUAGGGGCAGCCAUCCCUUGCUUCUCUUCCCAUCUCAUUUUUAAAAGUAGGGAUCUGGUGGGCCGUUUAUAUUUUGUACAGAACAUCUCUGCGUCCCUCCACCCCACCCCAACGAAGUCCCCCCCCCUCAACCAAAACUUCUUUGCAGCUUAACUUUUUUAAAUGAAUCCAAUCAGAGCUAAAAAUGCAAACAGACGUCUGUCUGUUUGUCAUCUGCCUCUCUUUCAAUGUGUGUGUGUCUGUGUGUGUAGGACAAGUGACAUGGACAAAAAUCUCUUCCUGUGAAUCACUUUGUAACUUCUGACAAUCUACAUAUAUAUAUAAAUGUAUAU